GACUAGGUCAGAUUUACGUCAUUUAGAGCGCAAUAAGCCACACAGGAAGCCCGUAAGAAUUGUGAUAUAUGGGGUCCCUGUGCUGCAACGUGGUGUCCAGUCUUUCUCGACUCAAAAAUAUAAAAAUGGCUGCCAAAGCACCUUUGAUCGCACUGCGAGGGAAUCAGGGCAUUUCUAUGGUGGAAGGAACUCCACCUUGCGCACCGAAUCCGAAUUUCGUCAGUGAUCCAUCGUCAACAUGCCGAGUAAUGGCUUUCAGCUUGGAUGGCUCUCUCUUCAGCUGGUGUAAUGGAGAAUGUGUGAAUAUCAUUAAUACAUUAACUGGGGUUCUGGUCCACCAACUUCCAAAAACCAAGACAGCAUGCCUUAGUUUCUCCCCCAGGGGAAAUUAUCUCUCUACAUGGGAGCCUUUCACCACUUCAAAGGAUAAUCCAAAUGGCAGCAAAAACCUGGAGAUCUGGGACAUCAAGUCUGGUCAAGCCAUAGUUGCAUUUUAUCAAAAGAAAAGAGAUACCUGGCAGCCAAGAUGGACUGAUGAUGAGGAAGUGUGUGCCAGGUCUGUGUCUAAUGAAGUGCAUUGCUUCCAUGGAGGGGAUUUCAGUAAUAUUGCAAGCAAGUUAAGACUGCAAGGAGUAGGAUCGUUUGAGAUUUCUCACGGCAAGGCCCCAUACACCAUAGCAGCAUAUGUACCAGGAACAAAGGGAGCCCCUUCUGCUGUGCGUCUAUUCCAACAUCCAGACUUUGAUAACCCCGGCUCAGUGCUGGCGAAUAAGAGCUUCUUCAAGGCUGACAAGGUAGACAUCAAGUGGAACAAGAAAGGAACCUCUGCUCUUGUGCUCACUUCUGUUGAGGUAGAUGCUUCAGGUGCCUCGUACUACGGAGAGCAGACCCUACAUUGUGUCAACACAAGCGGAGAGAGUAGCAUGGUUCAGCUAGGCAAGAAGGGGCCUAUCUAUGAUGUGGCAUGGAGUCCUACUUCACAAGAGUUCUGUGUAGUGUAUGGCUACAUGCCGGCGAAAGCGACCCUCUACAAUCAUCGCUGUGAUGCAGUGUUUGAUUUUGGAACAGGACCAAGGAACGAAAUCCACUACAAUCCACAUGGAAACAUUCUUUGUUUGACUGGAUUUGGCAAUCUGCGAGGCUGGAUGGAGUUUUGGAGCCGAAAGGACUUGAAAAUGAUAAGCAAACCCCAGGCAAGUGAUACCACAUACUUUGAAUGGUCUCCUGAUGGAGAACACAUUUUGACGGCGACAACAGCACCACGGCUACGUGAGGGCAAUGGUUUCAAGAUCUGGCAUUAUACAGGAGCCCUCAAGUAUCAGACAGAUGUCAAGGAAUUGUGGCAAGCAACCUGGCAGCCAUGCCCCGAAGGAGUCUUCAAAGAGAAACCUGUCACUUUAAAAGCACAGGCAACGCAAGAAUCCAAACCAUCUGGUGCCUAUGUGCCGCCUCACCUCCGAGGAGCAGGAGCCAAAAAACCCGCCAUCAAGAUUCACGAAGAUGAACUUCCUCAAAACCUGAAGAAAGCUCAAGAGAACGAGUCUAAAGCAGCGGCAAAGAACAGAAAGAAGCGUGAAGCUAAAGCUCGUUCCAAACAGGAAGAGGAGAACCAGCCUACAAGUCAAGUCGUUGAAAAUGCACCCCUGUCCCCAAGUGCGCCUGCAGCAGCUGUCAGCGGUGAUAAUGAAAAGAAAAUCAGGAAUCUCAAAAAGAAAUUGCGUCAAAUUGAGGAGCUAAAAACUCAGCAAAAAGCAGGAAAACAGCUUGAAGUAAACCAGCUUGAAAAGUUGAAAAAUGAGGAUGCGCUUCUUAAGGAGAUCAAAGCCUUGGAGAUCGGUAGCUGACCUAUCGUAUCUAUGGUAUAGACAAAUCAUGUAGUCGAGAUCCUAAAUGGUCGGGAUAACUAUUUAAUUCUGAUACCAUGAGGAACGUAUGAAGAAAACUACCAUGAACACAGAUAUAUAAUGUAGUCUUAAAAAUGAGGUAACUCAAUAGGCAUUCAAAUGUUUGAGAUGAAUAGGGGACCUGCGCUAAAGAUCACGUUUUUCGGCGGCAAACUCGCCCGCGCUUCGGCUUUUAUCGGCGACAAUAACAAAGAGCUCAGUGCUCACGAAAAAAGCAAGAUUUUUUUUUAGAAAGGGAUUAGUUUUAUUAAAAUAGUUUAUUUUUUUCGUCGUUGUCUGGUGUGACGGACGCAGUCAAUUUCUGUAUUUAUUUUGGUUUGAAUUGGCCACCCAGAAAGUUCAAUUGAUCUCUUACCGGGGGUGGGGGAAUAGGUUCGCGGAUCGGCGGAUUCGGCCCCGAAAUGCUCACGGAUUACGGAUUUUGAUGAUUAUUUCAGCGGAUUGGCGGAUUUUGGAAAUACGGCGGAUCACGGAUCUGUUGACAAUUUGGGUGCGGAUAUCGGAUUUUGACUGCUUUGACAGUCGAGCUUCGGAUUUUAAAUGAAUUUCAAUCGAUGCUAUUGUUUAUCUUUCAAACCAUGCAGAUGUUAAAAUAUCUGCGGAUCCACGGAUUUGCCCCGAAAAUGUAGCGGAUCGGCGGAUUUACAUACCCCUAUUCACCCCCCCCCCCUUAGCGCAAGUCCCCUAUUCCAACAAAAUGUCAUUUCUAUAAAGUACCUAGUCCCUCUAAAAUCGUCACUCGCGAGUAUCGCAUGGUCUUUUGCGAGUAUCACUUGCUUAUUCAUGAGCUGCACGUGGUCACUCGCGAGUAUCACAUGACCACUCCCGAGUAUCGCAUGCUCAUUCGCGAAUAUUAGCAGGCCAGGUCUACUUUGGUGUACUUUCGACCGUCAGCAACCAAAAUUAUAAGAAGCUUUCAAACGAAGUUGACUUACCAUCAUAUUAUCAUAUUAUUUUAUGAUAUUUUAAAUUUAUUGUAAACGAUAUGUAAAUUCACAAGUCAAGCGUAUAUGCUACGAAAUCUGUAUUUUUUGUUUCCAAAUUGUCUUAUUAUAAUUCACACUAAUGCUGUUGUUUAAACCUUGAGAUGAACGAUGUCAGGAUCGAAA